AUGCUGUCCCAAGUCUAUCUUUUACUUCUCCUGCUGCUGUCCUCUUGGGUAGCAGCUUCCCCUGCUCUCCCCAAUCCACGUUCCUACCCGCAGCCGACACCUCACCCAUCUCCUCUUGAGAAACGUGAUGAUGGAGACGUGACGUUUCCAGCCAGUCGAUGUGACUCUCCUUGUAUAGUCAACUUUUUCCCAGUUACUACGGUAUUGACUAUCUCUGCUCCAACUCAGACUGUCUGGGUAUCGAUCUUCAAGGAGUUUGUGACCUUUAACUUUCCCGCGAUCACCACGAGCACUGUUUUGCAACCAAGUGCUCAAACAUUUAUCAAUAAUGACCCGGUUGCAACCCCAACAAUUACACUCUCACCAGCGGAGGUGGGAGUAUUGACAAUUUUCGGCAAUGAGGACACGCACGCCUACCACCAUUAUGAGAGCAUCGCCAUGUUUUUGAAUUAUAUGGUCGUUGACGAUGGUCCAGUGGAGUAUCGGGAACUUCAAUAUACCCAGUAUAACUUGAACAACGAUUGCGCGCUCAUCACCAUGGCUUAUUUAAUGGAAAUAUCAUUACAAGAUCUCCUCACCUACACGGGACUGGCGCCUCCGGGAGCAGAUCGAGAUGGCCUUUUCCCCGCGGAGAUACAAUUAUGGCUCCAUCACACUGGCCGAAACUACGCGCAAGUGCAUAGAAAUUUUCCUUUCGGUGCUCGCUGA